GGCUUGCUUUGUAACUCUUCUUUAGCGCUGACCAGGGUGAUUUCAAUCUGUUUCUUCUGUGAGGCUCGGGGCCAACUUUUGUCCUUUGUAUUAAGAGAUUUGGGGAGAAUGAGUUGGCUGGUGCGGCGUGGAUAUAUGUCUACUCCAUCUGUUGGUUGAAACGGUGGAAGCUCCAAUAUCUCACUUAAGUGUUGA